AUGGACGAAACUGAUUUAUUCUUCUUUAGUAUGAGCAAAGAAGUAAAGCUGUCAAAACUGGAACAAACAAAAAUAAAGUUAGUCUUGCACACCGCUAUUUCCCAAGCAGUAAUACGGCAAUUGGAACACAGACACAAGCUUUUAAGAACGCCUAUAAAAAUUCUCUCAACUCAGAGAUUCAUUCAAUCAACUCCACAACAUCAGUCCUCAACAUUCAUCCAAUCAAGUCCGCAACAUCAGUCCUCAACAUACAUCCAAUCAAGUCCGCAACAUCAGUCCUCAACAUACAUCCAAUCAAGUCCGCAACAUCAGUCCUCAACAUACAUCCAAUCAAGUCCGCAACAUACCGAGAUCAGUCCUCAACAUACAUCCAAUAAGACGCAACAUCAGUCCUCAACAUACAUCCAAUCAAGUCCGCAACAUCAGUCCUCAACAUACAUCCAAACUACUGCAGACGUUCAAUCACCAACAUACAACCAGUCAACUACACACGCUCAGUCACCCACAUAUAUCCAGUCAUCAUCAGAUGACUUGAAGGCAUACUAUGACAGUAUAAAUUUGGAUGAUGGUGAACUUGAAAAUGAUGGUUGA